GACAGCUCACAGAUCUACCAGCACAGAGGAGCAGUGUGACAGCAGCUCACACAGACACUGCUCAGCACACAGACUAAAAGACAACUGUUGCACCAUUCUGAAAAUGAGGAAUUCUGCUAUUGGCCUCGCAAUUCUUUUCCUGAUGGUGGUAAGAACAAGUCAUGGAAGCUGUGGGGAACCCCAGGAGUCUCAGAGUUCUAGUGCGCAGCUCAAGAAGAGUUCUGAUAAGUACAAGCUUCCAGCUUCCCUAUUGAAGAGGUUUUAUGAUGACUCCUACGAUGGCUUUGUUGGGCUCAUGGGCAGAAGGAAUUCUGAUUCCAAAGAAUAUUUUUCUCAGCCUUUAAAAAGAGAUAUGCAUGACUUUUUUGUCGGUUUAAUGGGAAAGAGGAAUUUGCAGACUGAGAAUCCUACAAAUGAAGAAAACGAAGCCCAGUCUGAAUCCAGAUACUUGACAAAAUGUAGGAUGAAGUUCAGACGUUCAGUUUAGAAGUAAGCAACUGUCAUCUGAAGCCACCCACUAAUGGUUUGAUGUCACACACUGGAUUUCUUCUUUUGUACCACAAAUUCAAGACCCACUUGUAUUGCGAUAUGUCACACUACCAUCACCCUGUUGUGUCCAGCAAUGUAUACAUUAUGGUAAUUCAUUAAUAGACUGUGUAUUAAAAACAGAAGGACAAGUAACACAAUGGAUAAUAAUGUCAAUUAAUAUCUGCAUUGUAGGGGUAUUCCUUCUAACUCUCACUUAUUUUAUCAUAUCUCCACUUCUCACUUGUGUUUAUUUCUUCCACUAUCCUACUUGAGCAGUCAUCCCUAUUUUUGAUUUUUCUGUUCUAACUCAGUAAUAUGAUUACAUUUAAAGUCUAGUUUUCUGUUCUCAUAGUCAUCAUUUCAAAGCACAGCUGUAGAUGAACUGGAUUAGUGACUGGGACUAAAAUGUACACGCAAUCUGAACUGAUCAGUCAACAUUACAAUUUACCACCAAUGGAAAUAAUUAAAAAGCAAAAACUGAGAGAUGAGUGGUGACUCAUAUACUAACCUAAUGUUAAAGAAGGAAAUCUUUACUUGCUCUGUUUAAAGUUAUUCCCCUAUAUCCUGUAAGAUCACAAUGCUUUACCUUUGUGCAUAUUGCCAUACCAUUUGUUUUAAAAACACAUUAUGUAGCUUAAGGAAACUAUAAUACAGAUCACAUUCAAAAAUAAUAAUAAUAUUUUUACAUACAA